AUGUCGGCGGUCUCUUGCUCCACGGCGAGCUCUAGCGGCGGAUGUGGUUCUAGGUUUCAAUCGAAGAGUUCUUCRACUUUUCCUAAUUUCAUCAGGAUUGGGAAACCUUCUCAGAGUGACAGAUUCUCCAUACAUCAUCGUUUGGCAUUAGCACAUGGAAACGGUAAAGUCACAGGAAGUGUUCGUAUGGCAUUAGUUGACGAGAGGCAAUCAACGGACAAAAUUGUUGCUGACCCUCCUCGAAUCCUGGCGUACGAUCUUGUUCAAGGGGCUCUUGUUAACUGGAGAUGGAAGGAGGACAAGUCUGUUCCAGAUACACCUACCGCUGUUCUCCUACAUGGAAUUCUAGGGAGCGGGAAAAACUGGGGCACUUUUGCUCGUAGAUUGGCUCAUGAGUUCCCAACUUGGCAGUUUCUCUUGGUAGAUCUUCGUUGCCAUGGGGAUUCAGCGUCUCUCAAGAAGAGAGGUCCACACUCUGUUGCUUCGACUGCUUCUGAUGUUCUAAAACUUGUUGGUCAGUUGAGGUUAACACCUCGGGUCCUUGUUGGUCACAGCUUUGGGGGGAAAGUUGCUUUAAGCAUGGUGGAGCAAGCAGCUAAGCCUCUUCCACGACCAGUCCGAGCUUGGGUAUUGGAUGCUACUCCUGGAAAAGUUCCUGCAGGAGGAGAUGGAGACGAUCAUCCACGAGAACUUAUAUCAGUUCUACGUAAAUUGCCAAAAGUGGUCUUAUCAAAGCGCGAGGUCUCUAAUGCUCUUAUCGAAGAAGGGUUUUCCAAUGAUGUCGCACAGUGGGUAGUUACCAAUCUCAGACCUACUGGACCAUCAUCUUCUAGCUUCUCGUGGGUAUUUGACCUGGAUGGUAUUGCCGAACUUUACCAGUCCUACGAAGACACAAAUCUAUGGAACUUUGUUGAGAAUCUUCCAAGAGGAGUACAUGUGAAUUUUCUGAAAGCCGAAAGAAGCUUGCACCGUUGGGCCUUAGAAGACCUUCAACGAAUCCACGCCGCUGAAGAGAUUGCCUCCGAAGAAGGUGGUGGCGUAGAGAUGCAUGUCCUGGAAGAUGCCGGUCACUGGGUUCACACAGAUAACCCGGAUGGUCUCUUCAGGAUCUUAUCAUCUUCUUUUCAGGCUCUUAGGGCCUAG